GGCGGGUCAUGUGAAGGUCAGCGGAGGAGCGGAGGAGGUUCACGGGGAGUUCACGCGCAUACAUUAGGUAACACCAUCGGUCGCUGUGACAUAACGAGUAUGAAGAAGGUUGAGUUGAAGCAUUCGUCAACGGGGAAGAGAUAAGAAGAAGAAGGGGAAUCAGAAGCGCAGGACAAACUUUGUUAUGCAAAUCAGCCGCCGGAUCUGGACGUUUGCGCUCGGCGAGGUGCGCGUCGAGCUGCGGAAUACGUUUCUAACCCUGGGCGCGCGCGCGUCUGCGAAUCCGUCGCCGUCACGUUUUGCUGCCGAAACACUUUGCAUCGAUUAAAGCCACAUAUCGAGGCGAAGCCGCGCAGCUGUGAAGGAUUUACGGCCGCUCCAGAAGCCGCACCAUGUUUGACUUUAUGGAAUUCCAGGCGUUCGGUCCGGGGGAGAUCUUGGACCUGUACACGUCCGCACCGAGCCCUGCCUGCGUGCUGCACGAGCAGGACCAGGACCUGGCCCAUUUCUUCCCGGAGCUGAUCGAGUCGGACUGGCAGAACCAUCGAUGCUCGCAGUCAGUGGGCAGUCGGAGCUCCAGCUCCAGCUCGGACGACCUGUUCGCCAGCCCUCCCUCUCCACCCCCACCUCCCCGCACCUACAAGCCGUGCUUCGUGUGUCAAGACAAGUCCUCCGGCUACCACUAUGGAGUCAGCGCCUGCGAGGGCUGCAAGGGCUUCUUCCGCCGCAGUGUGCAGAAGAACAUGGCGUACACCUGCCACCGGGACAGGAACUGCAUCAUCAACAAGAUCACCAGGAACCGCUGUCAGUACUGCCGUCUGCAGAGGUGCUUCGCUGUGGGGAUGUCCAAGGAAUCAGUGAGAAACGACCGCAACAAGAGGAAAAACAAGAAGGAAGCGGUGAAGAUGACCAUCAUGGAGACGUACGAGCUGACGGCGGAGCUCGGCCUCAUAGUGGAGAAGAUCUGCAGGGCUCACAGAGAAACCUUCCCCUCCCUGUGCCAGCUGGGAAAAUAUACCACAAACUCCAGCUCAGACCACAGGGUCCAGCUGGACCUCGGGCUCUGGGACAAGUUCAGCGAUCUGGCCACCAAGUGCAUCAUCAAGGUGGUGGAGUUCGCCAAGCGCGUGCCGGGCUUCACCGGCCUGACGAUCGCCGACCAGAUCACUCUGCUGAGAGCGGCCUGCCUGGACAUCCUGAUCCUGAGAAUCUGCACGCGGUACACUCCUGACCAGGACACCAUGACCUUCUCAGAUGGACUCACCCUGACCCGCACUCAGAUCCACAACGCUGGAUUCGGACCUCUGACGGACCAGGUUUUCACUUUUGCCGGACAGCUGCUGCCGCUGGAAAUGGAUGAAACGGAGAGUGGCCUCCUCAGCGCGAUCUGCCUCGUGUCUGGAGACCGACAGGAUCUGGAGGAGCCGUCUAAGGUGGAGGUGCUGCAGGAGCCGCUGCUGGAGGCGCUGAAGAUCUACUCCCGCAAGCGGCGCCCCAGCAUGCCCCUGAUGUUCCCCAAAGCGCUCAUGAAGAUCACCGACCUGCGCAGCAUCAGCGCUCAAGGAGCUGAGCGCGCGGUGACGCUAAAGAUGGAGAUCCCGGGCUCCAUGCCUCCGCUGAUCGAGGAGAUGCUGGAGGACCUGCAGGAGCUGGAGGACUCGGAGGAGAGAGAGGAGCAAAACCACAGCCAACACACAGACGCUGCUUCCUCACAGUCCAUGACGUCCUCCGGCUCCGUGCUCUGACACUGUAACUUCUACCAGAGAAGAAACAACAGCAUGAACUGCAGAUGAAGCUCUAAGGAUUUCUGAGGGCAGCCUUUGUUCUGUGAAUACUGAGAACUUGUGCUGAAACAAGAAGGAGAUAUUCAGUUGUUAGAGUAACAGCGUUCCUUGUGAACUAAAUGCUAAUCUGUGAGCUACGAUCCUGUAGGAAAAACAGAAUGAUGCAGUAAUGUUUAAUCUAUCACCACAUGUUUUAACCUUUGGUUGCAGGAACCUCAUAACCUCAAAACCACUCUUAACAUUUAUGUUUCAGUUUUUUCUAUAUUUAUAUUUGCAUGAGACUGAUUCAUUUUUACCUCAUGAAUAACGAUGCCUUUAGCAUUAGGGUAGUAAAGAGCAAACAUCACACGUGGAUAUUUUACAGUUUGUAUAUAAAAUGUAUCACUUGUCAAAUUUAAGGGAUUUUAUAUUGUUUUCUAAGUCAUUUCCAUGAAGCUGUGCUUAUACUUAUACAGAUGAAUAUUACCAUUUAUUAAGAAGUGAAACACUUGAAAAGCUAUUUCUUAACAUUAAUCUUUUUUUCACAUCCUUAAUCAGCUCUGUGUCAAACAAGCAUUGUUAUCCAUUUUAAUAAAUUACCGGGAAAUACACAACCUGUACGAUUAAACAAAACAGAUAAAAUAACUGUAAAUGCAAACACCUGAAAAACUUUUAAUCGUAGGAGUAAAUAUUCAGAAUUGGCAAAAAAUGUUUUCAAAUUUAUAACUUAGGGCUCAGUUGAGGGGUAGAACAAAUAAAAUGCAGCUUGAGCAGCUCCAUUUCUCUUGAUUUGUGAAUUUGCAUUUAUAGUGCGGCAACCAAGCUUGUCUUAUUACUGUACAUGCACAAAUUAUUGUUGGAACACAAACAUUAUAAUAAUACAUGAUUUAAGUGUAUCUGCACCUGCACCAGUAGAAAAUGUUGAUGUUGUUUGAGCGAACAAGGUUCAUUUGUGCAGCGUUGUGUCGUAGUUAGCAAAGCAGGUGGGGAAAUAUGUAACAUCAAAAAACAUCUGUGCCUAAAACAAUGUACAUUCCAUUAAAAGAAGGGUGUUGUUUAGGUAACUGUAUUAAAUGUUCAUUGUGAGCGGCAGAGCCAGCAGCCUGUGUACUGUGACAGCUAAUGUGCCUACUCCAGAUGUGCCAACACCUUCAUUUCAUGAAGUAGCCCACUCUCCAUAUUCAUAGUCCUGGACCAGAAAGUGGUAAUUUCAAUUUCCAGUGGCAUUUCCAUUCGAGCUACUAAACAGAUCACGUCAUGUUGUUGUUGCUCUAUUAAAGUGCUGGACCUCGA